AUUCGUUAGUUUUUUAUUGGUCGAUUAUAACGUAGUCUCAAACCCAUGGCUACUUCCACCAUGCCUGCUCCGAAAGUCCGUCACACAAAAGCAAGAUGGAGGAUCUCGCAGUCGAAGUAUGCGGCGAAAACGGAGCAUAUUAUAAGGCCUUUGUCACUGAUGUCUUUGACGAUGAGGUUCUGGUAGCCUUUGAAAAUGACUGGCAACCAGAAUCAAAGUUCCCUUUUGCUCAAGUACGUCUACCUCCUAAAGAUGGCCCGAAGCCAGAAUUUGUGGAACAUCAAGAAAUUGAGGUUUUUUCUAGGGCCAAUGACCAAGAGGCGUGUGGGUGGUGGAAAGCCAUCAUACAGAUGAUGAAGGGAGGGUUUCAAGUUGUGGAGUACUUAGGAUGGGAAAACACAUACACAGAAAUUGUCAACAGUGAACGACUUAGGCCGAAAAAUCCCAAUCCACCAAUUGACAAGACCACUUUUCACAAAAUUGAAAUUGAAGUACCUGAAGACCUGCGGGAUUAUUUUUCUUUGCAUCGCAGUGCAAAAAUGGAUAAUGCACAUAAGGAAUUUCAAAAGGCGAUAGAAGCUGCUGUGUGCCGAUACGUGCCUGAUAGGGGAGUAUUGCUGGCCAUCUCCCGUAGUGAAAAUACUCGCCACCAUAGUGCCAUGCUACAGGAGAUGCACUUCCGCAAUUUAUCACAGAAGGUUUUGUUGUUGAAAAGAACAGAAGAGGCAGCACGCCAGUUGGAAUCUACCAAAUUGCAAACCAGUGGGGGCAAAUUUAGAUCUUCAAACUUUAUAUAUCAGCGUGUCUCAAACUUUGAGGCAGGAGUGAGAACAAAUUCAAGAUAUACGGAUGAGUUUAACGUACGGGAAGAUCUAAUGGGACUCGCUAUUGGUGCUCAUGGUGCCAAUAUACAACAGGCAAGAAAAGUUGAUGGAAUAACUAACAUAGAAUUGGAGGAAAACUCUUGUACCUUCAAAAUUUAUGGAGAGACAGAUGAAGCUGUAAAGAAGGCACGUUCUAUGUUGGAAUACAGCGAAGAAUCUAUACAAGUGCCACGUGUUCUUGUAGGAAAGGUCAUUGGAAAAAACGGUCGUAUCAUACAGGAAAUCGUUGACAAAAGUGGUGUGAUAACAUCUGGCUCGAGUGGGAAUGUACAUACUGAUAGAGUGCGGGUUAAAAUUGAGGGUGACAACGAACCCCAGCCUACAAUCCCUCGCGAAGAGGGACAAGUUCCUUUUGUAUUUGUUGGCACUGUUGAAAGCAUAGCAAAUGCCAAGGUCCUCCUAGAAUAUCACUUGGCGCAUCUAAAGGAAGUAGAACAACUCCGACAACAAAAACUAGAAAUAGAUCAGCAGCUACGAAGUAUGCAUGGUUCAACAACCGGACCAAUGCCCAGCUUCACUUCCCAGAGACGAGGUAUGGGAUCAGGGCCGGAGGAAAGUGGAGGUAGCCGUCCUAACAGAGGUGGCCCAUCCCGAGGUCGCGGUAGGGGUAGAGCGCCGACCAGACCUAAUGCUGGAUCUCGUCGUGAUACUUUAGAUGGCAGUGAAGAUCGUAUGAGAGAUUCGUCUAUGAGAGGUGGACACCAAGGUCAAGGUGGAUCGGGAAAUUCAGGAUACACAGGUGGCAGACAAGGACGACCUCCAUCUCAACGCCGAGAUCGUAGAGAUGAUCGUCGCCGAAUGACUGAUGACGAAGAUACUGUUUUAGACAGUCAAGACGUUUCAAGCAUUGAUAGAGAAUCAGUAUCAAGUGUGGAAGGAGGAUCAAGAGGCAUGAGAAGAAGGAAGCCAAGACGUUCUCGGCAGCGCAGCACUACUCCAGCAAAUAAUCAUAAAGGCACCAACGCUGGGCCAAGUGAUCAGUCAACUUUGACAAGUAAAGAGGGAACUCCAGCUAACGAUGUGACUGUAUCUAACUCAAACUCCCAGGGGCCUAAAAGCCACAGAGAAACCCGACCUCGUCAUCCGCGCAUUGCUCCGAACAAUAAGCCAAAAGAGGCUCUGGUUAAUGGUACUAGUGGCUAAGCUAUCUUUAAUAUUUUGAAGCAGCUUGUAUCUGAAGAGAGCUAACAACACCAGUACAUUACAUGAUUCAUACACCCAAAAGGACUACAUGAUUACGAAAGACGACGUGAUUAAUCUAUGCUCGUUGUUAAGACUGUUUGCUACCGAUAACAAUAUGGUGACUUAUUUAGAAGAAAUGUCAUUAUCCUUAUGAGAAUUUACGGAUACUCAUUAAUAUCCAUGCAUGGUUUAGUUUAAAGAUAGUUGACGGAAAAGGAAACGAGUCGGGGGGCGGGAGGGGACACAGAAAGGAAAAUACUAUCAUAUUUAUUAUCUGGGCACUCUCAUCGUUGAAAGAGAAGAGAUGCAAAGAAGAAUUAAUGAUCUUGAAGCUGUGCCUCAUUUUGAUAUGUCAAAAUACCACACGGACGUACUAUACAGUAGUACUCUCACGUAUUUACCAAUUCUUCAGUUCCAUCAGAAUUGGCUUCUUAUGAAGUUUCUAAUUGAUCAUUAAUCAUCCAUAGCGUAACAUAUUUAUUCGAAAAUUAUCAUUACCAGUUCACAUUACAAUUGAUAAUGCGUUGAUUCGAUACUUCGUUACUUAUUGUGCCACAUGAAAUUCGGCACUGCCGUUUUAUAAUUAAGGUAUAAUAUACUUGUUUUUCUCACUGCUAUUAUUACAGACAACUUUUUCAUUUGUGGUUACCUCACUGCACCUUUAAUAUUUUCAAACUCAAUUAAAUAUUUUCAAUUCGAGUUCACUACAGAUCAUUUCAUCAUCGUCUAUAUUAAGUGAAUUUCUUUUCUUUAAACAGAACAUUGUUACGUGAGGUAUUACUCUUUUAAAAAUUCAAUUACUUGCUUGUCUAUUAUCCUUGAUAAUUAAAAUAGGUAAGUGGAACGUGGAAACCCUAAAGUCACGAAUUAUCGGCAAACACACGUUGAAAUAAAAUAAUCUCACUAUCCAUCCUUCUUAAAGAAAUGGCGAAUGAAUCACUUCUAUUUUGCGUUCAAUUUUGAAAUUACUUCAGGAGGUAAAUGUAAAGUGUUUGACCUAAUUAUUAUGUCCUGACUUUUUACCAUUUCUAAUACAAUUAAACCAUAGUUUGGUAGAGUAAAGUUUAAUGUUUCAUUAAAGUCAAUAAAAUAUUCAAAUUCAUGUUUGAAAGUUUUUAUCUGGCUUUACUCUUACGCUAUGCUUGUUUUUUAUUAUCUGCAAAUGAACUAAUGUAUUUGUGAAAAUUCAAAGGACUUCGAGGUAAAUUUCAGAAGAAGACUUAAAUCGUGCUUUCCGUUUUAAACGUGAGAUAUCGUGAAAUAUGGCCAAAUGAAAAUAAUUUUAUGACCAUGCAGAUACAGGUUCUUUUUUUUUAUAUUGAAAGUAUGAGUUUCGAAGAUAUCGGCUGACAUUGACAUGACAAUUGAUAGAUCGUCUUCAUCACGAAAAACACGAUGAUGGUCUCACCUAUGGAUAGAGAACGGCUUUAGAAUUAUUGAACUGACCACAAAAUAAGGAUGAAUAUUUUGAAAAUUUCAUCGUUACAAUUGCGAGUUUUUUGUGAGUUUAUUAAUUCGAGUAAAGCCGCCCUCAUUCCAUUCUAAAUUAUGCUGUCGCCUGGAGCAAUUUACUUGCAAGUUCACUUUAUUACCAUAUCUUGAAAUCGUUUUUUCAAUUCUGAAAUAAAUUUUGAGGAUAAAUGAAAUAAUUAUUCUAGACAUCAUAUGUGAAAGUCCGCACAAUUUAGCUCCAAUCAAUGAAGUUAUAACGAAUCAGGCCACUAUUGUUUUAUUCUGAACAACGGGUGACAGCGAUGUAUUUAUUCCGAUACAGCUUUGUUCCCAAUGAUAUCCAGUUUAUUUUUUUCUAAGAAUGUUUUGUUUGUUUUACAAUUGUCAGAAUAGUUACUUAACAAUACUAGAUUUUUAUGUUUCAACGCUGAGUGCUGAAUAAUGUCUUGAGGAAUGCUGAAACAGCUUGAUCGGUUUACAAAAAAAAAACAAGAAUGAUAACAUUAAUAAUAGAAAUGAAAAAGAAGAAGAAAAAAACCAGUGUGCACAAAAAAGUUGGUUUUAUUUCCCUUUACACGUAAUAAUUUAGUCUCUUAUUUUUACUACAUACAUAUAAGCAUAUUAUAUCAAAUAGAAUUCGGUACACAGUUCGUUUCUGCAUUGUUUCACAUGAUUUAACACAGAAAGUAAGCAUAUACUUAGGUAAUAUCUAUGUAUGACAUGCGAAAGGAGAAGGAAAAAUGAUUAUGAUACGUGUUUUAUAAUAUCUAGCUGAAGUGCAGACUUAGCGCAUACUUUUAUUACUAUAAUACUACUUAGUCAAAAUGUGGAUGUCUGAACAGAUAAGCUAGCUUUAUUAUACUAAGCUAUGAUACAGAUAUGGCCAGCCGUUACGAAUUGAGUAUCAAUUUAGAACAGUUGUCCAACUUCUUCCGGAUAUGACAACAACUAAUCGGACGUGUCUCAUGGAUUUUGCAAAAAAAUAAAUAAGAAAAAAAACAUAAAAAUAAAAGUAAAUGAAAGCACGGCGAUCUGAUGCAGCAGAUUAAAACUGAACGAAAGAGCUACCAUAAUAUCCGACUGCCGUUACGGUAGCCAGAACAUCUUGAAAAACUGAGAUAUCCCCCAACUUGCUUGUUUCAGAUAAAUUUGUAUUGAUUGCAAUUUGUGCAUAAUUUAAGAAUAAAACAUUUCUGUACAUAA